AAAAAGAUAGAGAUGAGAGUUAGAAUUGGUUACAUGGAAUCAAUUACAUACACUGAUGGCAAAGUUCUUGGUUUAGGCUUGUAGCAAUGAUGGAAUAAACUGCAGGUUCAAAUUAAGUCUCUGGAACAUCCCCAGCUGGGAUGGGUCCUCAGUCCUUUGUUCAGAGCUUCCGUUUGCAGCAAAGUCCCUCCAGAGGUAUGAAGCAGGACUGAAGACAAGCUGGAAACGAGGCAUCAGCCUUUUAUAGUCUUUUCCAGAUGUAAGAACCCCUCUUUGUUCUUACUGUGGAAAAUUACAGCAAAAUGGAGUCUGGAGUCACAUGGGCCAGUCCCUGCAUACUUUGCUGAGUCACAAGGCAGAUUUGCCUUCUCUCAAUGGGUCAAUUGUGUAGCUGAUGGUCCUUAAUGGGCCAUCAAGCAGGCUAGGCAGAGCUAACACCAACUUGUCUGGGAUGUCACCCAGCAGCAUAGCAUAAGUUUGAAAUACAGACAGUGUAGAGCCAAUAUUCACAACUUCAACUACAAAAUUGGUACACACAUAUAGACAGCAUAAUCAUAACCAGCAAACCAGAAUUUUGUCUUAGACACCUCAUUUGACCCCCUUUAUACAAGAUUUGGUGCCACUACUGGACUUUGGUUGCAACCAUGUUCUAUAGGGUCCCAGAUUAUAUCAAUAACGUCACAGGCUGUGAUGGGUGAUUUAGACCGAGAGCUCUCUGAGGCACAACCUGUGUCCUGCUUUGUGCUUGUCCAGCAGCUGGCACCACGGGGGCCUGGUCUCCCUUGGUCGCUAGGCGAUGGAUCGCGAUAUCUGAGCAUGUGGGGGUCGGCCAGGACCCCUGGGCACCCCCCGAGGGGACGGGAAACUACACAGAACAAAGCAAACUGGGUUUCAGCUCCGGUGACCACGGUUCUAGACCUGCAGGUCCAGGAAUCGGGUCGGAUCCUUCACCAUAGCGGGGAGCCCCCUCCCAGCCUCCCGCCAGUGCAGCCCCGUGCGCGUCUGCAGCCAGGCCAUGUAGCUAGUGAGGGACCUCGGUUAUUUCCUCCAUCCAAGGGGGUCGAGGCCGGGAGGGACCAGCAGCUCCCGUCUAGCGCAGGCCGCCCAGGUGCACUUGGUUCCCAAGCACUUGUGCUGUGUAGCGAGCACAGGCAAAGCAAACCCAGAGGGCGUCAGCGUCACCCAGUCUGCUCCAGCGCAGGGCAGAGCAGGUACAGGCCAAAGGUCCUGGCUGGGACGACGACUCCUUCACACGAGCCUGAUAACACACUGGUUUAUGAUCGCUAGAGUAGCAAAGGUACCUAUCUCACCAGAUAUAUCCCAGAUAAGAAAUUAACCCUUUUAUAUCUUGGGCCAAAACGUACAGAGUGAGUGAGGGCGUGUGUCUUUUCAUUUACUUCAGUGGGCUUUGGAGGGGGUGGGGCUGAGGGCCAGGACUCCUGGGUUCUAUGCCUGGGUCUGAGAGGGGAAUGAUGUCUAGUAGGUUGGGGGCGUUAGGAGCCAGGACUCCUGGGUUCUAUUCCUAGCUCUGGGUUGGGCGUGAGACUGAUUUCACUGGGAUUUGGGGGCACUCAGCUCCCACAGAACAGUGGGCACGGGCACCGCGCAGCGCCAAGAUACGGACCAAAGAGCCUUACUUUAGGCAACCGGCUCUGAACACUUUGGCCCAUUUGCACGUUGCCAGCAGAUGGGGAAAGUGAGGUCCAGAGAGGAGAGGUGUCAACGGAACCCAGGAGUCCUGCGCUUCUGCUCGCCACUGCUGUAACCACUAGUCCAUCCUUCCCUCCUCUCCACCACUCAACACCCAAAUCAACAGUUAAAUAGGAUGUGGGAGGUCUCGUGACAGCCCAUCUCGCCCGGGCAGGAUGGGACCAACCCCCAGCCCCGCAAAGAGUUAACAGCAGCCAAACUGCGCAGGGACUCAGAUCAAUAACCAGCUCCCUCCAGCUUUGUUUUAUGUGGGGCAGAACCCGGUUGUUGACAAAGGCUGAGAAACAUUGGCCCAGGCCUCGGGUUUCACUAGGACACGCCCGUGCGACGGCACAGGUGCCUGAUGCAGUGCGGUGCUGCCGCAGCUCAGCAUGGCUUCCCACGGGAUCACUGUCCGUCUCCUCGGCGACCCGAGCUCGGAGCCCGCCCAGGCCGUCCCGCACUCAGGGCAGGGGUACCAGGAGCUCAAGCGGCAAUGCCUGGAGCAGCGCUGCCUCUUCACCGACCCGUUCUUCGACGCCGUCCCCAGCUCACUUGGAUACUGGCAACUCGGACUUGGGUCCGAGAAUAUUAAGGGGCUGGAAUGGAAGAGGCCACAGGAAAUUUGCAGGUCCCCAAAGUUCAUAGACGAGGACAUGAGCCGGACUGAUGUCAAACAGGGCAAGCUGGGCAACUGCUGGUUCCUGGCUGCAGCCGCGUCUCUCACUCUCUACCCACAGCUCAUGCAGAGGGUGGUACCCACGGGGCAAAGCUUUGCACCGGAGGACUAUGCUGGCAUCUUCCAUUUCCAGUUCUGGCAGUACGGGCAGUGGGUGGAUGUGGUGGUUGACGACCGGCUGCCAGUGAAGUACGGAAAACUGGUCUUCGUGAGCUCCUGCCAGAGCGAUGAAUUCUGGAUGCCCCUGCUGGAGAAAGCCUAUGCCAAGCUCAAUGGCUCUUAUGAGGCCAUGAACGGCGGGUACAUGAACGAGGCCUUUGUGGACUUCACGGGCGGGAUCGGGGAAACCUACCAGCUCAAGAUGCCCAAUCCAGAGCUCUUCAAAAUCAUCCGCGCGGCCCUCAGGAAGAGGUCUCUGAUGGGGGCACACAUCAAGGUCACCCAGCAAGAGGACAUGGAGGGACACACGGCAGAGGGGCUGGUGAAGGGACACGCCUACUCCAUAACGGCUUUUCGCAAGCUGGAUCACAGGGGCAAGAAGCUAAAGCUACUGCGGCUCAGGAACCCCUGGGGAGAGGUGGAGUGGAACGGCCGGUGGAGCGACCACUCCUCGCUGUGGGCGGGGCUGGAUCCCCAGCUCCAGAAGAGUCUACAAGUGAGAAAGGAAGACGGGGAAUUCUGGAUGCAAAUGGACGACUUCCUGCGGUACUUUGACGCCCUGGAGAUCUGCAGCCUGACUCCAGACUUGCUGGAAGAGGAGAAGGGGGUCGGCUGGAACGUUCACUCCUUCCAGGGGCGCUGGAGCACUGGCUAUACCGCCGGCGGGUGCAGGAGCUCGGGCCUUCGAGACGGCUUCUGGAUGAACCCCCAGUACCACGUCCGCCUGCUGGAGGCGGAUGAGGCCGACCUGCGGAAGCAGCGCCCGGACCCCAGCUGCACCCUGCUGGUCUCCCUGAUGCAGAAGGACCGGCGCCAGGACAGGAAGAGGGGAAAGGACUUUCUGCCCAUUGGCUUUGAGAUCCUGAAGUACCUGGAGCAGAAGAACGUGUCCCAGAGGAGGGCGCUGCUCCCGUCUCUCCGUGCCGUGUAUUGGACCGCGCACGUGCCCAUGAGGGAUGUCUCCGGCCGCUACAGGCUGCCGCCGGGCGAUUAUCUCCUCAUCCCCAGCACUGGCUACCCGAUGGAGGAAUCCAACUUCACCCUGCGCAUCUUCACGGAGAAGGCAAACAAGUCCCUGGAAAUCGGUGAUGAAAUCAGAGCAGACAUGAGACCCCUUCAGAGAAUCCCCAACGAGAAGGAAUUUGAACAAACCUUCCUGAGGCUUGCAGGACCGGACAAGCAGAUCGACGCUGCCAAACUGCAGGAUAUCCUGAACAAGGUCACGGCAAAGCAGAGUCAAAUAAAGACAGAUGGGUUUGGCCUGGAGCGCUGCCAGAAAAUCAUCCAGCACUUUGAUCACAGCAAGACUGGCAAACUGACGUUGCCAGAGUUCAAGCACCUGUGGAGCAAGAUUAAAGAAUGGGAGGCUGUCUUUAUCCAGUAUGAUGUGGACCGCUCAGGGACGAUGAACAUCCACGAAAUGCAGCUGGCGUUGGAUGCAGCGGGUUUCCACUUGAACCACCAGCUGAGGGAGACCAUCACAAGCAAAUACCGCGACCACUACCUGAUGAUCGACUUCGACAGCUUCCUGUCCUGCAUGGUGCAGCUGGAAGCCAUCUUCAGGCAGUGCCAAGAGUACGACAAAGCUGGUGCCGGGAUGAUCACCAUGAUGCAGAAGGAGUGGUUGGAGCUUGCUACCCUCACCUAACCUGGAAGAGUGGACAGUAUCGUCUCCUGGGAGGAUCAGCAACAAACACCUAAUAAGAUGCAAUUAAAAAAAAAAAAUCAGUUAAGGAGGAUGCAUUAGGAGAAAUUGAAUAGAUAAUUUUGCACUAAUCAUUUUGCACUAAUUCACAGCAUUCAAGGCCAGAAAGGACCAUUAGAUUAUCUAGUUUGAUUUUCCGUAUCACACAGGCCAGAGUAGUUCAGCGUUAUCCCUGUAUUGAGCCAAGUAAUUUGUCUGGCUAAAGUCUCUCUUCCAGAAAGUCAGCCGUGAUCUGAAAUCUUUAAGAAAUGGAGAAUCUGCCACUUUCCUUGGGAGUUCAUUCCUGUGGUUAAUCUCCCUCCCUUCUAACUCGGAUUUGUCUGGCUUUAACUUCCCCUCAUUUGUUCUUGUUUCGUCCGUCUCUGCUAGAUUAAAGAGCCCUUUAGCAGCUGAUAUUUUCUCCCCAGGAAGGCACUUACACACUGUAAUCAACUCACCUCUUGAUCUUCUCAAUACACUAAACCAGGGGUCGGCAGCCUUUCAAAAGUGGUGUGCCGAGUCUUCAUUCAUUCACGCUAAUUUAAAGUUUCACAUGCCAGUAAUACAUUUUAACGUUUUUAGAAGGUCUCUUUCUAUAAGUCUUUAAUAUAGAACUAAACUAUUGUUGUAUGUAAAGUCAAUAAGGUUUUUAAAAUGUUUAAGAAGUUUCAUUUAAAAUUAAAUUAAAAUGCAGAGCCCCCCGGACCGGUGGCCAGGACCCGGGCAGUGCGAGUGCCACUGAAAAUCAGCUCGCGUGCCACCUUCGGCACAUGUGCCAUAGGUUGCCUACCCCUGCACUAAACAGAUUGAGCUCCUUAAGUCUCUCAUUGUAAAGUGUUUUUUCCAGCCCUGGAAUCAUUUUUGUGGCUCUUUGCACUUUUCUCCAAAUAUUCUUCAUCUGGUUCAUCUCUUGGGAUGAGGCAGGUUCGAUCCUAGCUCUGCAUACUGCUCUGCUGGGACAUGACCCUGCCUUUUCCGCAUCCCCUUUUCAACAUCCAGCUUCCAAGAGUGCAGGGGGGACCUGAGAAGGGGGUGGGAUGGGGAACGUGUUGCUCAUGUGGCUAUGAGGGGUUACUGACAAACUAUUUCCAAUAUAACGAAUGCUUUUAGAUAUCAAAACUGUGAAUUUUCUGCCUCUUGGAAUCUCGGCAGCUGAAAUGAGCACCUAAUUAAAAAUGUAUAAAAUGUAUAUAUUUAAGGUGGAUUUAUUUACAGUGGGUGAAAGCAACUACACAAAUAUAUAUCCUGGUUGCACCUAAGCGUAUGUC